ACCUCUGGCAGGAGACACUGCCAAGCGACGAGCAGGCAAAGGGUCCAACAACGUAUUAGGAGAUGCAUUCUUUGGUCCUUUUCCUCUUUGCUGCCUGCUUGCCCCCUGUUUGGCUGAUGGACCAGAAAGCUCUGGAUGAAUUUGUGAACCUUCCUGACCCUCACUAUGAAUAUACCCUCCUGAAGAAGAUUGUUGUGCCAUACACUACCCAUAAUAUCAUCAAUAUGACCUCCCAGAAGUGGCUGAAUGAAUCUGAAGUGGACAAACCAUACUGGAGCCAUGAACUGACAAUUCUUAUUCCCAUAAAAGUGACACUUGCAGAUUCAUGUCUCCUUAUACUCCAACUUGAUCGAAAUGAUAGUUCAGCUCCAAGUAAUCCUUUCAACCCGUUUCGUCGUCUUAUAGCAGUGAUGCAAUCAAAAUCGAUCGUAGCUAUGCUGAAUCCAUUUCCUUCUCAACCACUCACCUUCUAUGAUCAUCCUUUAGGAUACAAGAACAUCACCGGAUAUGAUACAGUUGCAUAUUCAUGGUGGAGGUUUAUGAAUGACCCAACUGCACCUCCACACUGGCUUGUGCAAUUCCCGAUGGUCAAGGCCACAGUGAGAGCCAUGGACACUAUAACAGAGUAUAUGAAGAAUAAAUAUCAUAUACCCAUUGAAAGAUUUACACUGACGGGCAUUUCGUUGGGUGGCUGGAUCUCCUGGCUGACGGCUGCUGUUGAUAAGAGGGUUGAAGGAAUUGUACCCGUUGCCAUGGAAUUCCUGAAUUUCACUGAGAGUUUCCACCACCAAUACCGAGCAUAUUGCGGCUGGUCUUAUAUGCUGAAACCCUUCUAUGAGAUGAAUAUAACACAAGAGUUGGAUAAUCCCCGUUUCAGUGAUCUGGUUCGUCUUGUGGACCCCAUAGCCUACAAUGAGCAAUACGCAGACACAGCCAAGAACAUAAUCAUUUUAUCAGGGGAUGAGUUCUUCCCGCCUGACAACUCACGUUAUUACUUUUCUCAACUGGAAGGUACAAAAUAUCUUCAGUAA